GUGCGCGCCGCACCAAGAGGAAGAGUCGCACGCGUGAUGUUUGGGACAUAAUGGUGGAUAGGUAGGGACGGUACGAGUUGCUUAUCAGCUGUUGCCAUAUUUCCAGUUGUUGUCUUGGGCCCAUCGGUUCUCCUGACUCGACAGCCGCCCGUUGCCGCCUCCCGCUCGAACUGAACGACGCUCCUGACUGCAACAAAAUGCCAAACAUCAAAAUAUUCAGCGGUAGCUCACAUCCAGACCUGUCUCAGAAAAUAGCAGACCGCCUGGGUCUGGAACUGGGGAAGGUUGUUACGAAGAAAUUUAGCAACCAAGAAACGUGUGUGGAAAUAGGGGAGAGCGUACGUGGGGAAGAUGUCUACAUAGUGCAGAGUGGCUGUGGGGAGAUCAAUGACAAUUUGAUGGAGCUGCUGAUCAUGAUCAACGCCUGCAAGAUCGCCUCUGCCUCUAGGGUCACGGCUGUCAUCCCCUGCUUUCCGUAUGCCCGGCAAGACAAGAAGGACAAGGUGGGGAGCCGUGCCCCUAUCUCUGCAAAGCUGGUUGCCAACAUGCUUUCGGUGUCAGGCGCUGACCAUAUCAUCACUAUGGACUUGCAUGCCUCACAGAUACAGGGGUUCUUUGAUAUUCCUGUUGAUAACUUGUAUGCAGAGCCAGCCGUGCUGAAAUGGAUCAAGGAGAACAUCCCUGAAUGGAAAAACUGUACCAUUGUGUCACCUGACGCCGGAGGAGCCAAGAGGGUCACCUCGAUAGCAGACAGAUUGAAUGUGGAUUUUGCCCUUAUUCACAAGGAGAGGAAAAAGGCAAAUGAAGUGGACCGCAUGGUUCUCGUUGGAGAUGUGACAGAUCGGGUCGCCAUUCUAGUAGAUGACAUGGCCGACACGUGCGGCACAAUAUGUCACGCUGCUGACAAACUCAUUUCUGCUGGUGCCACCAAAGUGUAUGCCAUCCUAACCCAUGGCAUCUUCUCCGGCCCAGCUAUCUCACGCAUCAACAAUGCAUGCUUUGAAGCUGUGGUGGUCACCAAUACAAUCCCUCAGGAGGAGAAGAUGAAGCAUUGUCCCAAAAUACAGGUUAUUGACAUCUCCAUGAUUCUCGCAGAGUCAAUCCGUAGAACUCACAACGGCGAGUCUGUGUCGUACCUGUUCAGCCACGUCCCCUUGUAACAAAUGAUGUCUCCCAGCUAAAUGUGCAGUUCCACCAAAUAAGUGAAGAGGGGAUUUCCUAACCCAAACACAACCAUUAGCAAGUUGUUCUGCUAACAAACCAUGAAAAAGAAGUUGAUAUCAUGUCUGUUACUAACCCUGACCCCGUCACCCCCUUGAUGUCUGGGCACCAAAGCAUUCGCAAGCAGCUAGGGCAGCAUAUUUACUGUACUUGGAUGAUUGAGUGUUUAUCCACUGUGAACUUGUCCCCUCUUUCAUAAAACUUAGGAACAGAAUUUCUUCUGACCAAUUCACUUCACCAGAAGUUAUUUCAAUCUAGUCUAAAGAGCAUGUGGUGGUCAGGAGAACCAUCUGCCAUAUAAAACUGUUACAGUGCUUUCUGUUACAAUGACCGAGUGUAGUUUUUAAUGUUGCUCCCGUGUCUUCUGCCGUUUGGACGAUUAUAAUUCAUGAAGUGAAUGUGUAGUAAACUAGUUUACAGUGCCGCUGAAGCUCCACUCAACCCAAGAGUGCCUCAACAGUCUGAAAUUGAAUGCAUUCCCCCCCCCCCCCAUGUUCUGGGAUGUUUUUUUUUACUCUUGAGGUGCUCUCCAUUGAGUGGGGUUUGUCCAGUGUCCAGGUUUUACCCGUUAAGGUUUGGCGUUGAAGGUCAUGCUAUAAAGAAGCUCUCUGGUUUUUAGUUUAGGGUCUCUGCAGGCUGGAGCUUCCUUCAGAAAUGUUCACCUGCUUUUUAUUUUCUUUUCUUUAUGUCUGGAGGAAGGACUUGUCCAUGUGCAUAUUCAAAACCUUAGUGUUUACUUUUUCAAUAGGGUGAAUUCUUGUUUGGCGUCUGAGGAUGAGUUCUUAAUAAAAUUAUAUGUAAAAACUUG